AAAGGAUCGAAAUUCGUCACCAAGUCCAACCACGAAUGAAUCCUCAACUGAAGAAUCAAAAGGUGAGAAAAUGAUGCCAAUUCAUUUUUACCCUCAAGGUGUACUUAUUAACGUAGAUUUAUCCCAUUUGAAUGAAAUACCACCAUUAAUUUUAAUAGAAGUGGACAGAAUGCUUAAAACAUAUAUGUCUAGCGGUGACAUUAAUAUAAAUCUUCUAAAAAAGCGUCUCAAUGCAACAACGGAAGGUAUGAAAGACCCUCAACAUACAACUCAAGAAAACGAGAUGAAAGAUAUUACCAACAUGAUUCAUCUCAUUGGAAAUAUGCUGAGUACCUCAACUGAAGAACCCCAUAGCACAGCAGCAAAUAAUACAGACAUUAAUGAUUUCAGCACUACAGUCAGAACAGAAGGCAAUGUUCAUGUAAAAGAAAUAGAAUAUGAAAAUGUUACAGAACCAAAUCAAGACAACAAAACCGAUAUAAGUCAUACCACUGAUUCUGAGGAAGAAAUCAAGAAAAAGAAAUUAGCAAAUGAGAAAAUAGUAAGAAACGAGCAAGAAGAACUGAAAGCUCCAUUUGCAAGGCGACGUUUGUACAGGAAGUACAAAUAUCCAAGUAUUAGAGAACAAAUUCGGAAACAGAACUUGCACAGAUAUGAUCUUAACAACAACCAUUACUUUCCCACAGUAAUUAAGGCAUACAAUCUACCGAAAGUUCCAGCAGUUUCAAAUAGGCACAGGUAUCCUUCAAUUGCAGAGCAACUCCGGAGGCAAAUGAUUGAAAUAACUAGCAAUGAAAGACCAAGUAAUUUAGAAAAUUUAACUAUUGAAGAUGAGCCAAACACUGGAAGGACUGAGCUAUCUGAUGAUAAGGACCUACAAUUUGGAGAUAGAAUAAAAAUUAUUAACCCUGAAAUCUCAAACCAAAUACAUAAUCAUCCUAAUCUGCCAGAAUCACAACCAGAUUCAAAUUUUGGCCAAUUAGGAAAUACUGCAAAUUUUCCAAAGAUACAAGCAGGCAAAGUUUUCAGAACAGCUAACGAAAACAUCGAUUUCGAUGACGAAAUUGAUGAUAACUACCAAAGCAGUCCUGCCAGAAAGCCAAUCAUUAAUUCAAUCCCUCAAUCUCAAGUGCCAAGGUCAAAUUUAUUUUAUACGUUACCAAUAUUGCCUUCGAAUAAUGUACAUGAACCUCGCGCAAAUACCUACCGCGGAAGAUACAGUGCAGAAAGUUCUCUACCACAGGAAGAAAAUGUUGUUCGUUAUAGAGAUAAUUUAUCAAAUUUUGGUAGACAGCAAAUACAACACAACGAGCAGCCAGCUAAAAGGAGAAGAAAGUUGCGGAUUUUGGUGAAAAAAAGAGUAGACCCCAACACUUUGGACAAUACAGAUACAACUUACCCACAUUCAAGACACACGGAAAGACAUUUACCACCAACACGAUUGCCAAAUAACUUGCUAAAAGUUCUAAAAAGAAAACUGAAGCAGCGAAUGAACAUCGAUUCCGAAAAUGAUGUUGCCCUACAAAUACAAUUCCAAGACUACGUGUGGAACGUACCCUUUGUGAAUAAUCAAACAGACACUGCUUUCUCUUCAACAGCUUGUACCAGACCAGGAUUGUUCCAGCACCCAACUGAUUGUAAUAUGUUUUAUGAAUGCUUCUGGGACCGAUGGUUACAGAAAUUUACUUUGCAUGUGUUUUCUUGUCCAGUGAGAUUGAUAUAUGAUGACAGUGUCAGGGGCUGCAGUCAUCCAAGCAUUCAAUCCUAUUGUACAGAUGGUGCUAGAAAAUGAGCUUUAACCAACAUAAGGGGAAAACUGUUGGGGAUCUAUGACAAAUCUUGGCAUUGGGUGCAUAAAAUGGUAGACUCUAGCUAGGAAUAACGUUCAAGAGCUUUUAUUUUUAGUCGGUUUUAUUUAUCAGCAAUAAAAAGAGCUCACCACAAUUUUUUUUCUGAAAAAUAAGAGCUUGUACCCGUUUUGGAAGAAAUAGAAAAUUUAGAAAUGUGAUAAGCUGUUUUAGAAUAAAUUACAACACAAAUAAACGAUUAAGUUCAAAUUUUAAGCUUUUUUAAGCAUGAAAAAAAAAUUACGGGGAGACAAUUAGCGUUAAAAAAUAAUGCACUGAAAUUUAUUAGAUCUUAUCAUUUAUUCAGUCUAACAGAGGGAGAAAGGCAGGCACUAACUGUAUAAGGUUUUUUAACCGAAAACUAAUAUAUUUUACGGAAAAAAAAAGAUAUUUUAGACUUUAUUUGAUUAAAAAUUAUCAGCUUCCAAAUACAAAUCUGCAACAAGAUAAUUUUACAAUUUUUAUUACUUACCAAAAAAAAAUUUUUGUGAUGUUGUGCCAGUAUGCUUUUAAGUUUUUGACAUGCAACAAAUUACACAUGAAUUUAUUAACUGUCACAACAAUUUAACUAGGUUUAUGUCUAAACUAAUAAUAUGAAUGAUAAUUUUGAUUUUAUCAAAAGUGUAAGCACAUUAUCUACCAUUCAUAAGCUAUGCUCAUUCAAAAUUAAACUUAUUAUCAAAUUACAACUAUUUCUAUUUGAAAAAACUAGGGUUACAACAUUAUUAUUUUCUUUUUCCCAAAGACUAAGAAAUCAACUUCAGGUUUACUAUCCCCUCACUCUUCAAUGAAUUUAAAACAAAAUUACAUGGGAAAAAAAAGCAAAAAUAUUCAGUUCAGUCAAUAUUUGUGUUGAAUUAUUCCUGGCUACUUGUCUACCAUAAAGAUAUAACUAUAAUAAAUAAUUCAAAAGGUUGAAGUUGGUUGAGUAUUACAGGGGUAAAUGUCUUUCAUGUUUAAUUGUGUUUCAUGUUUCUUGAAAUAACUAUAAAUAAAGAUUGGUCGAG